AUGAGUAACGAAAGCAAGGUGAUGAAUCAAUGCUUCAAUGGGAAGCACAAUAUCUGCUUUAGCUUUAGGGGACGGAGAGGCGACCAAAGGGGGAGGAAAAGCCAAAAGAUCGUCCUUCACAACUGCAUUCAGACCCUGCUAUCGGACCCCAUAGUUGUUCUAUACACAGACGACAAUUAUAUUUGCACUGGUUCCCUGACUGGUAAAGUGUGCUUGUACAGAAUCACGAGGAAGGAAAACAAAGGGGUCAACACGGAUGUGUCCCUCCUCGAAGGGAAUUUGAACAGAGGACACUCUGAAAAGAACGACUCCACGGAAUUGUGCAACAAUUGCGCAAGUGACAUGCUCCCCCACCGUAAUUCCUUGGAGGAGUCCUGUAGGUAUAAUCAAAAUGGAAUUGAAAAUGAAAGAAGUGAUAGCAUCACGGUAGGCAUGAGCAACAUGGCAAUAGGGUUUGGCCGAAAAAGCAGCAACGGCAUUAUCGAAGUUCUUGAAAAAUAUCACAUCCUGUGUAUGUUCAGGAAUAACAGUAUUAAGUCCAUUUACAUUGACAAAAAUUAUGCUUAUAUAUAUUACGAAAGUUGUAUUGAUGUAUUUUGCAUAAGGACAUAUCAGUUUGUAAAAAAAAUUAACGUUGAAGUAGCAAAUAACAAACAAGUAAUUUUCUUUGAAAAUCUUAUUCUGUUUAAUAAUUCCAAGAGUCUCUUUAUAUACGACAUUAAUAAUAAUUGUACAAGUUAUUUUUAUAAAAAUUUUUUAAAAAAUAUUGUCAUUUUUGAUUUCAAUGUGAAUUAUCUGUUAUGCUACAAGAAUAAUUUCGGGAAAUGUCACAUUCGAGUUUUACAAAUUAAUAUAAAUGCCCAGAAAUGUGAACACGAAUUAAUUUUUUGUGUUGAUUUUUCUUCAAAAUUUAUAAGUCAUGGGAAAUUUUUGGAUGAUGAAAAAAUUAUUGUAGCAAAAAAUGGGAGGAGGUUAAUCAUUUUUGAUUUUAAAAAAGCUGUGGAUAUGUACAGAAUUAAAAAAUUAAAAAAAAAAAUUUUGGAUAUUUACAAAUCGGUGGAAAAUUUGCUUUUCAUUUUGGUGGAAAAUGAAAUUUUUAUUUUUAAUUUGUCCACUUUUAUAUUUUACAAAUGUGUGCAGUUGCCCGUUGGGCUCUUUUACUUCAAGUGGUCUUACUUCAUACGCCACAAGAAUAACAAAAUUAUUUUUUCGUCCGACCGGGGAAUUUACUUUAUUGAUUAUCCUGUUGAGGAGGGCGCUUGA